AUGUGGUCCAACAUUAGUGCUGCCCCUUUUCUACUGACUGGCUUUCCAGGUCUGGAGAUAUUUCAUCCUUGGAUUUCCAUCUCCUUCUUUGCUAUCUAUCUCUCCAUACUCCUUGGCAAUGGUACCCUCCUCUUUCUCAUCCGACAAGACCACACUCUUCAUGAGCCCAUGUACUACUUUCUGGCUCUAUUGGCAGCCACAGACCUUGGAGUGACUUGGACAACAAUGCCCACCGUGCUUGGUGUUCUGUGGCUGGACCACAGGGAGAUAAGCCAGGGAACCUGCUUCUUCCAGGCUUAUCUAAUCCACUCACUCUCUAUAGUGGAGUCUGGAGUCCUGCUCGUCAUGGCCUAUGAUCGUUUUAUUGCCAUCUGUAAUCCCCUGAGAUAUACUUCUAUUCUCACCAAAGCUAAGGUGGUGAAGAUAGGUCUGGGGGUACUAAUGAGGGGAUUUAUACUGAUUGUGCCUAUAAUCAUCACCUUGUCUGGAUUCCCCUACUGCAGACCCCAUGUCCUCUCUCAUGCCUUCUGCCUGCAUCAGGAUGUGAUCAAAUUGGCCUGCGCUGACAUCACUUUCAAUAGACAAAAAAAGAAAAAAAAAGACACAGAGUCAUUCCUCUGA